AUGUCGGUGCCUCGGAAGAAUGCCGAAUGCCUUUACCAGAAAGCUCUAAUUUUGUCGACCCUGAUCUUGAAGCGCGAGAAAAGGCCUUACUCUGGAAACAAGACCUACGCAUUGUUCCCUUAUGUGCGACAAUCUACCUACUUUGCUAUCUCGAUCGGUCUAACAUUGAGUUCAAAUUUAACUAGAGCAGGCAAUGCCAAAAUCCUAAAUGCAGAUACCGGCAAUGAUCUUCUGACGGAGACUAAUAUGACUUCUUUUCAAUUUACGUGGGUUUGGCCUGGAUUAUUCAGUCGGUAA